AUGGAGGUGCAGCCUGUGAGAAUUGAGGAUAUUCGUUAUAGGCAACUAAAAAGGAAGACCAUCACUCUUGUCAAGCAACCUUCUCAUGUUCACAACUUGCUAGGAUAUUAUUAUGAUAUUAUUCUUCCACAAAAAAAAUUAUAUCCGGUCAAGGGUGAAUCAUACAUUUCAUACAUAUGUUCACGUUACUAUCGAGCUCCACAACUAAUAUUUGGUGCAACAGAAUACACAGCUUAUAUUGAUAUAUGGUCAGCUGGUUGUGUUCUUGAUGAACUUCUUCUAGGACAGGUUAAACAUUCUGGCUAUCUAGGUAUUAAUUCUUUAGUUGAACUGCUCCUAUUAUUGUUUGGUACCCCCACACGAGAGGAAAUUCGUUGCCUGAACUCAGAAUAUACAGAUUUUAGAUUCCCUCAGAUUAAAGCUCAUCCUUGGCACAAGGUUUUCCAUAAGCGAAUGCCUCCGGAAGCAAUUGAUCUUGCAUCAAGGCUUCUCCAAUAUUCACCUAGUCUCCGGUGCACUGCACGGGAAGCGUGUGCACAUCCUUUCUUUGAUGAGCUCCGCGAGCCAAAUGCUCGUCUACCUAAUGGCCGUCCAUUGCCCCCGCUUUUCAACUUUAAACAGGAAAUGGGUUCUAGCAUGAGGAGAGAAAUUUUCACUGAGAGUGUUUCUAUGGGCCUCAAAAAUUGGCAGAAAAGGGCUAAACAAUCUCUGCAGAACAACUCAACUUCAAGAAAACACUCAGACUCUUUGCAUUCCAAAGGAGGUGACAAUUCAGCAAGAGGAACAAUGCAUAGUUUGAACAACCCAGAUAUUGUAGUGCUCACAAACAACCCUUCUCCCUCUAAUGAGGGAGAGAGCAUUGCUCCCACCAAUAAUGAGCAAGAUGUAUCAAGUCCUUCGACUUCAGAAAUCACAGUUACUGAGGAAGAGAAUUCCAAGAUCAUCACCAGAGGAACCUAUGACGGUGAGAUCUCAUUUGGUAGCAGCUGGAAGAAUGUAGGAAGUAGCAGAGGCAUUGGAGAAAUUGUCUCAAUAACUGAAGAAGAUGACGCUGAAAAAUUACCUGAAUUUAUCCAUAGAACAUAA